UCCGACUGUCCUUCUUCGGCACCGGUAGUUCAGCUUAUCUUCCGCUGACAGGAAGUCGCUGGUCCUUUUCCCCAGACUCCAACAUGGCCCGAGGACCGAAGAAGCAUCUGAAGCGCGUCGCAGCUCCUAAACACUGGAUGCUGGACAAACUCACCGGAGUAUUUGCUCCUCGUCCUUCCACCGGUCCCCACAAACUGAGGGAGUGCCUGCCCCUCAUCAUCUUUCUGAGGAACCGCCUCAAGUACGCUCUGACCGGAGAUGAGGUCAAGAAGAUCUGCAUGCAGAGGUUCAUCAAAAUCGAUGGCAAGGUCCGCACUGAUGUCACCUACCCCACUGGCUUCAUGGAUGUGGUCAGCAUUGAGAAGACCGGAGAGAACUUCAGGCUGAUCUAUGAUGUCAAGGGACGCUUUACAGUUCACCGCAUCACAAAUGAGGAGGCCAAGUACAAAUUGUGCAAGGUGAGGAAAAUCCUCAUUGGCACAAAGGGAAUCCCACAUCUGGUGACCCACGAUGCCCGCACCAUCCGUUACCCUGAUCCUCUUAUCAAGGUCAACGACACCAUCCGUAUUGACCUGGACACAGGCAAAAUUACAGAUUUCAUCAAGUUUGAAACAGGCAACAUGUGCAUGGUGACCGGAGGUGCUAACUUGGGGCGUAUUGGUGUGAUCACCAAUAGAGAGAAGCAUCCUGGCUCUUUUGAUGUGGUGCAUGUUAAAGACAGCACUGGGAACAGCUUUGCCACCAGGCUCACCAACAUUUUUGUCAUUGGCAAGGGCAACAAGCCAUGGAUUUCCCUGCCACGUGGAAAGGGUAUCCGCCUGACCAUUGCUGAGGAGAGAGACAAGAGAUUGGCUGCCAAACAGAGCAGCAGCUAAGUCAACUGGACUAGCACACACCUUGGUUUCAAAAUAAAAAGUUAUUUACAACAGUGAA